AUGAUUUGUUACAUAUGUUUAGCUGGCCUAGCAAUCUUCCUAUAUGUAUAUGUCAUACAUAUAUAUGCUAAAUUGUUGUUUUUAAAAUUGAAACAUGGAAAAGAUUGUUAGAUUUCCUUUCUCCCUUUAUUUGGUGAUUACUUUUAUUUGACAAAAUCUUUUAAAAAAUACGGUGAUGCUACAGAGAUCUUUAAAUAAAGAUAUUAAAACAAUCCAAACAUCAAAUUUGUUGCUUCUAAUAUUUUGAAUAAAGUAUUCCUUUUUGUUCAUGACCCUGAAUAUUACAAAUCAAUUCUUGUGAAUCAUGAAAACUAUACCAAAGUUGAAAUUCUAUAUCAUCCGUAAAAAAUUAAUUAUAAUUUUAGCAAAUUAUCAUCAACCUCAAUAUUAUUUGGUGAACCUUAAAAAGUUAAAUAAUAAAGAAAUUUAUUAGGAGAAGCAUUUACAUUUGAAAAGUUGAAAUAAAGAACGCCAAUAAUAAAUUAAGUUUUACUAGAAAAAUUAGAAAAGGAUGAUAAAACAAAUAUAUUAGACUUUUUAACUAAAACAUCAAGUGAUAUAAUAAUUAAAACUUUCUUUUGUAAAGAAUUAUAAGACAUUAUAGUCUAAGGUAAUGAUAUCACUACAGAAAUGAUUGAUUUAAUAACAGAAUUAGGAAAUAUGCAAAUGAAUGAUUUCUAUGUAAGUAUUAAGUUAGCAUUAAUGGGAAGAAAGGCUUUUGGUUUUUUACCAUCAAAAAAAGAAAAAUUAUUAGAUGCUCGUAUAGAUAGAUUAAUAGAUGAUACUUUAAUGCCAAUUAUUAAAAAUAAGAUUGCUAAUUAUAAACCUAACUAAAAUUAAGAUUUUAUAGAUCUUUAUAUUCAUGCAUAUCUUAAUUAAAAACCUAAUGAACCUAAAAUUACUGAAUUAGAAUUAUGUUAAUUAUUUGUUUCAAUUGUUUCAGCAGGAACUGAUACAUCAUCUCAUCAAAUUGCUAUAACACUAUAUUAUUUAGGUAUUGAAAGGUAAGCAUAAGAAGAGAUUAGAUAAGAAAUCUUUAAUGUAGUAGGGAAUGAAGUGGAGAUUCAACCAUAACAUUUAGGUAAGUUAGUACUAUUGAAUGCUUUUAUUUAGGAAGCAUUUAGAAUGAAAAGUACUGUUAUUCAACCAUUAACUAGAAUAGCAAAAGAAACCCAUUAUAUUAAAAAUUUGAAAAUUGAGAAAGGUAUAUUUAAUUAAUAAUAAUUUAUAUUAGGUACAUAUGUAUCUGCUUUUACUACUGCUCCUAGUUGGAAUGAUAAAUAUUUUGAUGAUUCAAAUAAAUUUGAUUAUAAAAGAUGGUUAAAUUAGAGACCAAUUAAGGAAGAUAAUGGUUAUGUAUUUGUACCUUUUUCUGCUGGUGGAAGAAAUUGUAUUGGAUAACACAUGGCUAUGAUGACUAUGAAGAUUAUGAUUGGUCAAAUCUUAAGAAAAUAUGAUGUCACAGUAGAUACAAGUGUUUAAGUAACAUUCCCUUUAGUAUUAUUUAUUUAAUAUUCCCCCAAAAAUCUAGUUAAAUUGGUAAAGCGUAAGCAAUGA